AUGACGCCAUUCUAUCUACGCGACAAAGCUCGGGUUCUCAUGCUUUCAACUCAAGUCCAUUUGGAUCUGCGUUUCACUUCCGAAUUCCCAAAAUCAUCUUGCCUGUCGUGGUCCUCCUGGACCUGUAUCAGGCCGCUUGUCGUCGGGUUCGUGUCCAAAGGCCAUAUGCUCAGCCCCUGUUUUUCUGCUCUUGUCUCUUCUUUCAUCCUCUUCAUCUUCAGGGCUGUUUCCGGAGCCGCUUUUGCCUCCCGUCGUGGGCCUGUGUUACUUCUGCCGCUCAUCCUUCAACCUCACAAGAUCAUCGCCACGCCCCCCCAAGAAAAAAUGGCUAGCCAACAAUCCACCGAUGGCCCUGACGCCUCCCCCUCUCAAAGCUCCUCAACUGGGUCAGGAGGUGUCCCCAACAAAGAAGCUAUGGACAGGUUCAUCAAGUUCAUGAUAAACGCGGCCGAAAACCCACCUAAGACUUCUGAGUUGUUUAAGAUACCGGAGGGUAUUUCGCCCGAGUGGCAAGCGUUCUUCGAGAAGAUCGCAGCGCACUACGAGAGGCAAUGUAAGGAUAACAGACACGCCCUCAUUUCACUCGAGAAGAGGAGUUGGAUUCUCGAGGAUGAGAAACUCUCGGAGUUCGAGAUGCUGACGUCCGCAACCGCAAUGAAAGAGACGCGCUAUUUCCACCUUUCCGACCCCGACGCCAUGAACAAUAUGGCCGCUUGUGCCCUGAAAUUGAAUCAAUACCAAAUUACAGUGGAUUUCGCGACCAGAGCAUUGGAUAUGGACUUGUUCACUUCGCCGUCCACUAUCGCAAAAGCCCAUUUCAGACGUGCCACAGCACAUCUGCACCUCGGUAAAUUUGCUGACGUUUUGCAGAAUGUGACCAAAGCGGUUUCGUUGAACCCUGGUGAUGCCUCCAUCACUGCACUCCAGGAGUACAUCUCUAACACCAUGAAGGCCGUGUGUCCAGAAAAUCUGCAUGCAUAUUUGGAGAUGCAGCCUCAGCCCUCCAAGAAAAUGAGCUUCAUGGAGGGAAUGAAUUGGGAACAAACAAAUGUCCAGUACGUGAGGAUCCCGAAGUAA